AUUACCAACUUGGAUUAAACAGGCAUGGGAAUGCACCUCUGGGAAAGAAUUAGCAUGGAAUAUCUUGUCCUUAUCCACGACAUCGGGAAUGCUAUUCUUGGAAGUCAGUUUGUUGGCCUUUUUAUAUCAAGGAAAUCAUGUGGGCAGCGUAGAAGCCCUCGCACGAACUUUCAUCGUGUCAGGAAUUUUUGUUGGCCUGGACUUGAUUCUGAAGGCAAUUUAUUUGUUUGGUUUCGGAGUUCCAUUAUUCAUUUUAAGUGACGACAGUAAGCAUCGAACAAAGUGGAACUUGUGGGUCGUCCACCGUCUGUUGAUUACUGCAGCGUAUGGUUUUAUAUUGUUCAUGUACCAUUCAAGCCAUAGAGAGAAAUUACCAGCAAGACCUGCUUUCUACAGAUAUGUCGUUAUCAUGUCGUCUUUGAACGCAUUGGCACUCUUUGCUUGCGGGAUCGCUGGAAAUGGAGCUGGUUUUGGCUAUUGGUUGUAUGGUGCCACUGUCGUCUGUUAUCAUGCCUUCUAUCUUCCCUUUCUAUAUGAACAUUUUCUUGCCGAUUUCUUCCAGGAGGACGAUUUGCAUUUGGAGAACGUAUACUAUUCGGAGAUGAAGGAUGCUGGUUUCUUUGACACCGACUGGGAGUGAGGAUGGCGAUUCCAUACGUAACGAAAGAGCGUCGUUGCUUAUGUAUGUAAAUUUACUCGAACAUAUAUAUUAACGGUGUUGCAAGAUGCAGGUAUGAAUUUGGAGUGGGAUUUCUGUCUCUACUGAUCAGAUCAAUCUUGUAGUCUUCACUGUUCUAUGAAAUCCUGCAUCUUUCUUUACAAAAAUGUGUGUUUGUGUUUAUCUGAGGAUUCUCAUAGGGUAGAUCUGUAAAUAAAUUGCUAUUAGCAGCAAAAAUAAACAGAUAGGAUUGGGAUAUCAA